AUGAGUCCAACAACUUUAAGAGCAGGUAACGAUAACUUCAAUGAUUACCCACCAAACAUGAGACGUCUCCCCGACGUGCAGAUCAUGUCUAUAUUAGGUCGGUUGGUCCAGGCCCUUAUCUGUGUGUUUGGUGUGUUUGGAGAAGAAGUGAAGUCAGUGUCAGUGAUGGAGGGAGAUUCUGUUACUCUACACACUAAUAUUACUGAAAUACAGAAAGAUGAUCAGAUAGUGUGGCAGUCUGAAUCUAAAGGGACUCAUAUAGCUGAAAUCUUUACACAGAGGAUCUUCAGUAAAUCUGACAGACUGAAGCUGGACAAUCUGACUGGAUCUCUCACCAUCACAAACAUCACAAUCACACACUCUGGACUUUAUAAACUACAGAUCAUCAGUAACAGAGGAACUUCAUACAAGAGAUUUAAUGUUACUGUCUAUGGUCCUUUACCCGUUGUUGUCAUCAUCAGAAACUCUUCACAAUGUUCAUCAUCAUCAAGCUCAAAAUGUGUGUUGUUGUGUUCAGUGUUGAAUGUGAGAGAUGUGAGUCUGUCCUGGUAUAAAGGAAACAGUUUAUUAUCCAGCAUCAGUGUGUCUGAUCUCAACAUCAGACUCUCUCUAUCUCUGGAGGUUGAAUAUCAGGAUACAAACACAUACAGAUGUGUACUCAACAAUACCAUCACAAACCAAACUCAACAUCUCAACAUCACUCAUCUCUGUCAGAUGUGUUCAGAAUAA